UGUACAAAAAAGGAACCAUUCACCGGCGGCAUGUGAUGAGUGAAUCCGACGAGACGGACAUUCUGCUGCUGAUUCCGCCCGACUUCUUCAACUGCGAGUCACCGCCGCCGAAAGUACCGCGGACUGAGGCCACCAACUGUUCGCUUGAUAGCGUCGAUUACCUUUCCUAUGCUUCGUUCAUCGAAGGCAACAGCACGCUUCCGAUGGCUGGCAUAGAAAAUUGUCCGAUGGCGCAGUGCUCCGCCUCCGAUCGUACCGAGCAGUACGUUGCCUCGACCCCGUUCAAACGCCACCAUGGACUACAUCGAGAAGCCCACAAAGAGCGAUUCCUUCUCAACGAGAUCGAUCAGUUCCUGCAAGAGGGAGACACAAACAAAUCGUACCAACGGCAGCCCCAGACACAGCAACAGCGGCAUAACCAUAAUCAAAGCGGUAUCCGAAGUCCCCACGACUCACUAGUGGAUCUGAAUGGCCUAUCGCUGACCGAUUACCCAUCGCUCACGGCAAAUGACUUCAAUAAUCUUGCGAAACCUCUGCCCUCGGGAGUUGGUCCGGUACCACAGAAACCCCCGCGAAACGUUCAGAGCUCGUGCGUGGCCAGGCCGUACAGCAAUAACGCGAAUCUACUUAACUUAAGCGAUAUUUGGCAUACGAACGGUGCGCCGGAUUACGGCAAGGUGCUACAGGAGGAACGGCUCCGGCGGCAGCACUGCGAGCGUAACAUUCAAUCCCUCCAGAUUAAGCUUCUCGAGUACGAGGAGAAAAUGUCUGUCGCCCUGUCCGUCGAUAAGGAAAAGUUGGAGAUUAUCGGCAAGCUAGAGCAGGAAGUAAACCGUCUGACGAACCGUAUCCGAGACAUGGAAGGACAACACAUCAAGACACACGAGAAGCUGAUGGCGGAGAACGUGGAGGUGCGCAAUAAGAACCUCAUGCUGGAAAAAGAACUGGCCGAUACGGUCAAUUUGGCGCGGAAGCUUCAAGAGAAAAAGGAUACGCUCGAACAGAAGGUGGACAAUCUGGCCAGUGCUAAUCGUGAUGUGAACGAGGUUCACCGUAAGCAACAGGAGGAUCUACAAAUAAGACUCGCCAACAGUCGCGAAAGUGAACGGCAGCUAAAGGAGCAACUGAGUGGCCUUCGAAAUGCGAACGAACAGUUAACAGUAGAUCUGCAGAACGAAAAGAAAAAGCUGGCCGAAUGUGCCGGUAUACGGGAAGACCUCCGAACGAUCAAAAGAAAACAUGAGCUGCUGGCCAAGCAAUACGCUGAAGCGACGCAAGAGAAUGUUGGCUUACACGAGCAAACAAAGCACAUGAAACAGCAAAUAACUAUCCACCAAGAGGAAUCGAAAAAUUUACUUAAAGAGCUGGAAAUACAGCGUCUCUCGCUGAAAAAGUACUAUCAAUCCCAGCUAGAGGAUGUCGUCACAGAUAAGCUGAACGAAUUCCAAAAGCAGCUCACCACCGUCGAACAGGAAUUAAAAGCUGAAGCAGCGAAGAAGGAACGAGCAUUGGCCGACCGUGCCAAGCGACAGAUUGAACUGAUCGACCAAAAGCGUGAACAGGAGGUGCAGUUGCUAACCGAGCGGUAUAAUGAGCAGGAAUCAUUAUACCGUCUGCAGCUCGCUAACUCUGCGAAACGGAUUCAUGAGCUGGAGGAUAAGCUUCGCAGCAUCCAACAGCACCGUGCCGACAUUGCUUCACAGCUGCACUUGAUCAUGGAAAAUCAGUGGAAGCAGGCACUCGACGUAUUGAUGAGCCCUGGCCAGCACCCCGAGGACAAUGGUUGUUCUAAGGCGUCGGAUCAGGAAUCAAAAUCUCGGCAUUUCCAACGGUUCACGUUGGAACAGCUCGAUAAGGAUCGACUCGAUGGUGUGCGAUCGCUAAAGCAAACGAUAUCGUCUGACACCGCCAAUGAUUUCCAAACUCCACAGCCAAACCAGCGCCAGGCAUGCGAGACAAACGGCGAGGGACCGCCAAUUUUUCCGAAGCACCUGCUACACAAUUACAUCGAGUUACUUCUAGAAAAAUCACCCAACGAUCUCAAACAUCUCGAAGAAGUGCUUUCUAGCUGUCGAAAGCAAUCAAAGAAGGAGUCGAAUGGUUACAACGACGAACCGGCCAACGGAGACGGUCUCGGUAAAUCGGCAUCGGCCAUGGCACUGAGUCAACUUGGUAAAAAAUCGUGCUCAAAAAGUACAAUAAGACCAUGGAAAUGAUAUGGAACUGAUCGUGUGUUCUGACUAAUGUUCAAGAGACUAGAAUUAAGUUAAUGCGUGCCUUUUAGCGUUUUCAUCUAUAAUGAUGUGAUGAAAGUAGUAGUUAAAUAUACCCAUUU